AUGGCAGGGGGUCGGCAGGAGGCCGGCGGCUCACUGGUGGGGGGACACAGGUCCCCGGGGCCCGGCGCUGGACCCGGGAGGCCCCCCAGAAGGGAGCCUGCCCCUUCGCUGCGGUGGGAGGACGCGAGACCUGGAGGCGGGGCUUCAGUGUCAGGCGCCCCAGGGGAUUGCUGCUCCUGGCUGCUGACAGAAGCAGCAAGGGACACCGCGUGGCCCGAGGCGGCACCAGGAGGGUCGGUCUGCCCCAUCUCUGCUGCUGGCCAGCACGUGCCGUGUGGGAAGCAGGGGCUCGGUGGGACACCCCGCAGGCUGCAGGGGCCCCUCGGUUUGUCGGGGGCCCUGCCUUCUCUCUCCUGCUCUGUGUCACGGGGUGACCACCACCGGCUGCAACCGCCGGAAGUGGGGGGCGGUCAGAAGGAAGCAGGGGGAUCCUCUGUCGCGGCGGCACAGCACCUCCUGGACGGGGUGAGGGGACCCGGCCCUCUGAAAGCAGCCAGGGGCCACGAGCAGCCUUCUCCCAAGAAUCACGGGGGUCCAGCCUCCCCCGUGUCAGUGGGGAGACCGAGGCCCGGACAGGUACAACAGUUGCCGGUGCCCCCGGUCCGGGCCGAGCACCCCCGCGGGUGGAGGAGGGGCUGGGAGCGGGCGUGGGAGGAGGCAGCGGGCGGGGCUGAGGAGCGCCCCGCCCAGACGCGCAGCAGCGGGCGGGGGCUGCUGGGGGGCGGGCCCCCUCCGAGCGCUCCAGCACCGCGGCUGCACUCCCAGUGGGGCGCCCAGCGGUGGGAGCCUCUGGGCAGCUUCUGGCUCUCAAGGAUGGAGCCAGCCGGCUGA